GGCUUACAGACUGUUGAGUUGAUCAGACACAUAUCGAAGUUGACAAUAGUCCUCUUGAAUAUGCAUCUUGACGAGGGCUCGCUUUCGAGGCAUAUGGGCGGGUGGAGAUGCCCGAAUCGUCGGUGGGCGUUAGCACCAAGACCCAUGCAACGUCGGAAUGGAGCCGGUCAAUGAGACGGAGGAAGGGCAGCCAUCAAGGUGUUUGUCACAUCCUCGGCCUCAACGGACAUGGAAAAGGCGAGUCUUGUUGCCAAGAUGAUGAAAUGUGCUCACUUCUACCCCUCAUUUGGACCGUUUGUAUGUCUUUGCCGGCGGGAGUGACUCUGGAUUCUACGUCCUUACCCCCUCGAUCCCCUUUUCCAUCAUCUCAACUUCAUCUACACACAGCUCCAAGACCUCACGAUAUUCGCUGCACUAUCCUGCUGACCAGACCAUACCCGGCAUCAAUAUUUCACAAUGGCCAGCGCGCAGUACACGCUACCUAAGCUUCCCUACGCUUACGAUGCUCUCGAGCCUCAUAUCUCGGCUCAAAUCAUGGAGCUACACCAUAGCAAACAUCACCAAACAUACGCCACGAACUUGAAUAAAGCCAUCGAGACCUACAACGCAAACCCUCUCCAAAGUCGAUUCGCGGUCCUCGCAGCCCUUAACUUUCACGGUGGUGGUCACAUCAACCACUCUCUUUUCUGGGAGAACCUCUCCCCAGCUUCAAGCCCGGAUGCUUCGCCCGAUGCGGCACCGAAGCUGAUCGCCGAGGUUACUCGUAUCUGGGGUGGUCUUGAUCAAUUCAAAGCGGUCUUUAACGCCGCUCUGCUUGGUAUCACCGGCAGCGGCUGGGGCUGGCUGGUCAAGGACGAUGUCACCGGCCUCAGCAUCGUUACCACCAAGGACCAGGACCCCGUCACCAAGGGUGUGCCCAUCUUUGGUGUCGACAUGUGGGAGCACGCGUACUACCUACAGUAUCUUAACGGAAAGGCGGCAUACGUGGAGAAUAUUUGGAACGUCAUUAACUGGAAGACCUCUGAGCUCAGGUUCUCGGGCAGUCGAGAUGAUGCAUUCAAGGCAUUGAAGGCGGUCCUCUGAGAAGAGUAUGGCAGAAUGAAGAAAAUCCAUAGAGUAUCCAGAGUUUGAGGUGUGAGACUAUGAAUAACUGCAUUUAUUUACCCCAAAGUUGUUUGCUCGUAAGACGAAGAGGCGCAGGCACUCUCGCAGGGUGCAGUGCGAGACAGCUGCAUCAUGCACUUGAUCUUUCAUCUAUCCCAGCGGGACCUGCCGCAACCAAAUCAAGCGGCUGAACGUGCUGAGGAGAAAUAAACCGUACACAUAGGUGCCGCAAUUGUGGCC